GUGCAGGCCGCCUGCAUCCCGGCCGUGCUGCAGGGCCGGGACUGUCUGUGCUGUUCCAAGACGGGCAGCGGUAAAACCGCAGCGUUCGUUCUGCCGGUGCUGCAGGCGCUGUCCGAGGAUCCCUACGGCAUCUUCUGCCUCGUGCUGACCCCCACCAGGGAGCUGGCGUGCCAGAUCGCCGAGCAGUUCCGCGUGCUGGGGAAGCCGCUGGGGCUGAAGGACAGCGUGGUGGUGGGCGGCCUGGACAUGGUGGCCCAGGCGCUGGAGCUGGCCCGGAAGCCGCACGUGGUGAUCGCCACCCCCGGGCGCCUCGCCGACCACCUGCGCAGCUCCAGCACCUUCAGCCUCAGGAGGAUCAGAUUCCUGGUUCUGGACGAGGCUGACCGGCUGCUGGAGCAGGGCUGUGCGGAUUUCAGCGCGGAUCUGGAGCUGAUCCUGGCGGCGGUGCCGCGGCGCCGGCAGACGCUGCUGUUCAGCGCCACGCUGACGGCCACGCUGAGCGAGCUGCGCGGGCUGGCCGCCAACAGCCCCUUCUUCUGGGAGGCUCCAUCCCAGGUGAGGACGGUGGAGCAGCUGGAGCAGCGCUACGUGCUGGUGCCUGAGGCGGUGAAGGACGCGUACCUGGUGCAGCUGGUGCAGAGCUUCCAGCAGCAGCACGAGGACUGGGCCAUCAUCAUCUUCACCAAAACCUGCAAGGACUGCCAGGUGCUGAACAUGAUGCUGAGGAGGUUCCGCUUCCCCUCGGUGGCUCUGCACUCCAUGAUGAAGCAGAAACAGAGAUUUGCAGCUCUGGCCAAGUUCAAGUCCAGCAUCUUCAGGAUCCUCAUUGCCACCGACGUGGCCGCCAGAGGUUUGGACAUUCCUGCAGUGCAGCUCGUCAUCAACCACAACACCCCGGGGCUGCCCAAGAUCUACAUCCACCGCGUGGGGCGGACGGCGCGCGCGGGGCGGAAGGGCCUGGCCAUCACCCUGGUGACGCAGUACGACAUCCACCUGGUGCACGCCAUCGAGGAGGAGAUCAAGCUGAAGCUGCAGGAGUUCCCUGUGGAGGAGCAGCUGGUGCUGGACAUCCUGACCCAAGUGAACGUCACCAGGAGGGAGUGUGAGAUCGAGCUGGAGGGGAUGGAUUUGGAUGAGAAGAAGGAAAUCAACAAGAGGAAGCAGAUGAUCCUGGAAGGGAAGGUGAGAGCUGCAGCUCCGUGAACUGC